AUGGUAAGAUCAAAAUAUAAAGCUAGAAAUAAAAGAACUAAGGAAACAUUAUUAACAUGCUUAGCGGACUUAUUUUACAGUAUUGCAACUCAAAAAAAGAAAGUUGGAUCUAUAGCUCCAAAAAAGUUUAUUGCUAGGUUAAGAAAAGAAAAGGAGGAAUUUGAUAACUAUAUGCAACAAGAUGCACAUGAGUUUCUAAAUUUCUUAAUAAAUCACAUAAAUGAGAUCAUUUUGGCAGAGAGAAGUCAAAGCAAACCAGCUGGAGGAAAAUGUGGUGCAGGAGAUGCUGGUUCUCCUCCUGAACCCACAUGGGUUCAUGAAAUAUUUCAAGGAAUUCUAACAUCAGAAACACGCUGCCUUAAUUGUGAGACUGUAUCUAGCAAAGAUGAAGACUUUUUUGAUUUACAAGUUGAUGUAGAUCAAAAUACUUCAAUCACGCACUGCCUCAGAUGUUUCUCAGAUACUGAGACACUUUGUAGUGAUAACAAAUUCAAAUGUGAUCACUGUAGCAGUUAUCAAGAAGCUCAGAAACGAAUGAGAGUUAAAAAAUUGCCAAUGAUUCUAGCAUUACACUUAAAAAGAUUUAAGUACGUGGAGCAAUAUAAUCGUCACAUAAAGGUUUCUCACAGGGUAGUUUUUCCUUUGGAGCUUCGACUCUUUAAUACUAGUGAUGAUGCGGUGAAUCCAGAUCGAUUGUACGAUUUGGUAGCAGUUGUGAUACAUUGUGGAACUGGGCCUAAUCGAGGGCACUACAUUUCCAUAGUUAAAAGUCAUGGAUUUUGGUUGCUUUUUGAUGAUGAUAUGGUUGAUAAAAUUGAUGCAUCUACGAUAGAAGAUUUUUAUGGACUUACCUCAGAUAUCCAAAAGAAUUCAGAAACUGGUUACAUCCUAUUCUACCAAUCAAUAGAUUGUAAUUAG